AUGUCUCCCUUUCUCUUUCUGCUGGUGAUGGAUGUCCUCUCUGUCAUGUUGGAAACUUUGAGAUCAGAGGGUUUGAUCUCUGGGUUCUUUAUGAAUGAAGCAUCUGAAGAGGGAGAGGUGACUCACCUUAUGUAUGCCGACGACACCAUCAUAUUUUGUGAUGCGAAUGAGGACCAGGUUCUGAACCUCCUAUCAACUCUUGUGUGCUUUCAAUUUGUGGCCGGAUUACGAAUUAAUGUGGAGAAGAGUCUGAUGUUCCCUGUUGGCAAUGUUGGAAAUCCGGAUGUCUUUGCGAGAAUUUUUGGGUGCGGUUGGAAUUUUCUGCCUACUAUCUAUCUUGGUUCCCCCUCGGAGCUAGUCCAAAUUCCUCAGCGAUUUGGAACAAGGUGCUAUCCAGAUUUCAGUCGAGACUAG